UCAGUAUAAGUCAAGGACUUAAGAAGUUUCAAGGUUUGCAGAACCUUACAGCCCGUCUUCGCCAUCAAGACGCUCUCUUCUUUCGGCUUUUCUGAGGUCUAAAGCUCCGUCAUCAUGUCCGACACAGAGGAUGUUGGGGUCGAGGAGCUCGAAGAAGGAGCUGAAGAGGUAGUAGAGGUAGAGGUAGCCCCAGAGGCAGCUCCUGAACCGGAGCCUGAGCCUGAGCCUGAGCAAGAACCAGAGCCAGUGCCAGAACCAGAGCCAGAGCCAGAAACACAGCCAGAACCAGAGCCAGAGCCAGAACCAGAGGUGCAUGAGGAAGAGGCCUAUGAAGAGGAAGAGGAGAAGCCCAAGUUCAAACCAAGUGCACCAAAGAUACCUGAUGGGGAAAAGGUGGACUUUGAUGACAUCCAGAAGAAGCGCCAAAACAAGGACCUCGUUGAGCUGCAGGGCCUGAUUGAUGCCCACUUUGAGUGCAGGAAGAAGGAAGAGGAAGAGCUUAUUGCCCUGAAAGACAGAAUCGAGAAACGUAGGAAUGAGAGGGCAGAGCAGCAGAGGAUCCGUGCUGAGAAGGACAAGGAGCGUCAGGCAAGACGUGAGGAAGAGAGGCUGAGGAAGGAGGAGGCUGAUGUUAAGAAGAGGGCAGAUGAAGAUGCCAAGAAGAAGUCUGCCCUUUCUAGCAUGGGCUCCCAGUACAGCAGCUACCUGCAGAAGGCUGAUUCAAAGAGGGGAGGUAAGAAGCAAACUGAAAGAGAGAAGAAGAAGAAGAUUCUGGCAGACAGACGCAAGCCUCUGAACAUUGACCAUCUGAACGAGGACAAGCUGAAGGAGAAAGCUAAAGAGCUGUGGGACUGGUUGUACCAACUGGAGGCUGAGAAAUUUCAGCACAUUGAGAAACUCAAGAGGCAGAAGUAUGAGGUUACUACCCAGCGUAUGAGAGUGGAGGAGCUCAGUAAAUACUCCAAGAAGGGAGCUGCUGCUCGCCGCAGAAAGUAAGCGUUCAUGGAGAAAUCUACAGUCGUGGUCAAGACAUGCCUGCUGCCUGCAUCUCCGUGCUCUGCCUUCAUUUACCAGGCAUCUCUGAUCCCACCCACCGUUUGCAGUUUACCAGAGGCUGUCAAAGGCGAUCUUCCACACCCUGCGUGAUAUUAGCGCUGUCCGGUCUUAGCAGUAGUUGCAGUAGUAACUUCCCCCCUUGCUCUGUCUUUAGGUUCCCACCUUCCGUUUUUGUAAAUAAUGUUUGGCUCGCCAGCUUUAUCUGUUGCAUCUGGCAGUUCAAUAAAACUAUUCUUCAAGACUGAUAAA